AUGGAGUUCACCCACAUUCGUUCCUACCCUGUUGCGCGACUUCCGCUGUUGACCACACCCGUGGACCCGUGGACUCUUGUGUACUUCUUUGUUGACAAUACAUUCAUGUCAGACAAAGCCUGUCAAGCGGGAUCAAUGACUUUCCCCCCCGUGGAAGAUAUGGCAUCAAUCUGCUUCUGUAAUGGCAUCAAUCUGCUUCUGUAA